GCUCCCUCCCUCCUUCCCGCUCGCCUUCCCUCCCUCCUCCCCGGUGCCGCAGCUGGAUUUCGGGGGCAGGCUUCCAGCGCUGCCCGCUUGUUUUUCCCGAGCCCGGAGCCGUGCGGGAGUGAUUUCGGGAAGAGGGUGAGGAGGGAGCCGGCGGGACCGUCCUGGGCACAGGCAGGUGGAGGAUGAACGGCGAAGCUGAGUGCCCUGCAGACCUGGAAAUGACAGCUCCCAAAAACCAAGACCGCUGGUCGCAGGAGGACAUGCUGACCCUCCUGGAGUGCAUGAAGAAUAACCUGCCCUCCAACGACGGGAGCAAGUUCAAAACCACCGAGUCCCACCUGGACUGGGAGAAAGUGGCUUUCAAGGACUUCUCAGGGGAGAUGUGCAAGAUGAAGUGGAUGGAGAUCUCUAAUGAGGUGAGGAAAUUCCGGACCCUCACAGAGCUCAUUAUGGACGCUGAAGAACACGUGAAGAACCCUUACAAAGGCAAAAAGCUCAAGAAACACCCCGACUUCCCCAAGAAGCCCCUGACUCCCUAUUUCCGCUUCUUCAUGGAGAAGCGAGCCAAAUACGCCAAGCUUCACCCCGAAAUGAGCAACCUGGAUCUCACCAAGAUCCUGUCCAAGAAAUACAAGGAGCUUCCCGAGAAGAAAAAGAUGAAAUACAUCCAGGACUUCCAGCGAGAGAAGCAGGAGUUUGAGAGGAACUUGGCGAGGUUCAGGGAAGACCACCCAGAUCUCAUCCAGAACGCCAAGAAAUCCGACGUCCCUGAGAAGCCCAAGACCCCCCAGCAGCUGUGGUACAACCACGAGAAGAAGAUCUACCUGAAAGUGCGUCCAGAUGCCACCACGAAGGAGGUGAAAGAGUCGCUGGGCAAGCAGUGGUCUCAACUCUCGGAUAAAAAGAGGCUGAAAUGGAUUCAUAAGGCCCUGGAACAGCGGAAGGAGUACGAGGAGAUCAUGAGGGAUUACAUCCAGAAGCACCCGGAGCUGAACAUCAGCGAGGAGGGGAUCACCCGCUCCACCCUCACCAAGGCCGAGCGGCAGCUCAAGGACAAGUUCGACGGACGACCCACGAAGCCACCCCCGAACAGCUACUCCCUGUACUGCGCAGAGCUGAUGGCAAACAUGAAAGACGUGCCCAGCACGGAGCGGAUGGUGCUGUGCAGCCAGCAGUGGAAACUGCUCUCCCAGAAGGAAAAGGAUGCCUACCACAAAAAGUGUGACCAGAAAAAGAAAGAUUACGAGAUCGAGCUGCUGCGCUUCCUGGAGAGCCUGCCCGAGGAGGAGCAGCAGCGGGUGCUGGGCGAGGAGAAGAUGCUGGGCAGCAACCGGAAAGGGGCGACGAGUCCUGCGUCCAAAAAAUCCUCCCCAGAGACCGGCAAGGCCAGCUCAGAGAAGCCCAAGAGGCCCAUCUCAGCCAUGUUCAUCUUCUCGGAGGAGAAGCGGAAGCAGCUGCAGGAGGAGCGGCCGGAGCUGUCGGAGAGCGAGCUCACCCGGCUGCUGGCCCGCAUGUGGAACGACCUCUCCGAGAAGAAAAAGGCCAAGUACAAGGCUCGGGAGGCAGCGAUGAAGGCGCAGUCGGAGAAGAAGCACGGCUCGGAUAAAGAGGAGCGCGGGAAGCUGCCCGAGUCUCCCAAAACCGCCGAGGAGAUCUGGCAGCAGAGCGUCAUCGGGGACUACCUGGCUCGUUUCAAGAACGACCGGGGCAAAGCGCUGAAGGCCAUGGAGGCCACCUGGAACAACAUGGAGAAGAAGGAGAAGCUGAUGUGGAUCAAGAAGGCGGCGGAGGAUCAGAAGCGAUACGAGAGGGAGCUGAGCGAGAUGCGGGCCCCUCCGUGCUCCACCAACUCCACCAAGAAAAUGAAAUUCCAGGGAGAGCCGAAGAAACCCCCCAUGAACGGUUACCAGAAGUUCUCCCAGGAGCUCCUGUCCAACGGGGAGCUGAACCACCUCCCCCUGAAGGAGCGCAUGGUGGAGAUCGGCAGCCGCUGGCAGCGCAUCUCCCAGGGCCAGAAGGACCACUACAAAAAGCUGGCAGAGGAGCAGCAGAAACAGUACAAGGUGCACCUCGACAUCUGGCUCAAGAGCCUCUCGCCCCAGGAGCGUGCUGCCUACAAGGAGCACAUUUCCAACAAACGCAAGAGCAUAGGGAAGAUCCGGGGGCCCAACCCCAAGAUGAAACCCACGAUGCAGUCCAAGUCGGAGUCAGAGGACGAUGACGAGGAGGAAGAGGAGGAGGAAGACGACGAUGAAGAUGAGGACGACGAUGACGACAACGGCGACUCGUCAGAGGAAGGCGGCGACUCCUCGGAGUCCAGCAGCGAGGAGGAGAGCGAGGACGGGGACGAGUGUGAAUGCCGAGUAAGUCACCAGAGUCAAAGCUUUACACCGGUGCAACUGAAAUCAGACUUUGCUGGAUGGCGCUGGGGCCAGAAACCGUGUCCGUGCCUUGUGCUCGCCACCGGACAGAACGACGAGGAUGAUGAGGAUGAGGACGAUGAGGAUGAGGAUGACAACGACUCGGAGGGCAGCAGCAGUUCCUCCUCCUCCUCGGGGGACUCCUCCGACUCCGACUCCAACUGAUCGGCCAAGCUCUUCGUAAAGUCGUUUGGUGUCUCGGUUUCGGUCCCAAACCCCCCCUGCGGCCCCUCCGGAUCCUUCCUCCUCUUCCUCCUGCCCCCCCGUGGGACCCCGGCGUGGGCAGCGGGGGCCGGGGGGACCCCUCCGCCGAGCUCACACUACGGAGGGGGAUCAGGGGCUGCUUCCCCCAGGCUGGGGGGCGAGGAGAGAGCCCCCCACCCCUGCCCCCCGCUUUACUCCUGAGGGGAAGCGAUUUUUUUUUUCGGAAUUUCAUUCUUCCCAGGGGGGUGUCUCUCCAUCCCUACCCCCACAACCCCCUCGCUACCAGCUCUGGACUUUCUAGAAAGAGAAGAAAAACACACAGGAAAAAAAAAAGAAACAAACAA